AUGGACCGGAGUGGGACUAGAAGAAAGAAAGAUAAGAAUUUGCUUUCUGAACAAGCGCUGCGACACUUGGGUAAGGGGCGCGAGCGAUCCUGUUCUCUCCAGCUGCCAACCACAAAAAGACCUGAUAGACCGGACUGGGACUUGCCCCGGAGGGGAAAAGAAAGAAAAUCAAAGAUAUUACUAGCGAUUUACAGUCUCCGUUGCUGGCCUAGUGCUCAGGUGGUUUGGCCAAUAGUGGGUCAAGAAAUAUGGAAUGGGGAUGUAGGGGGAGGGUUCCGAGGAAUACAAAGAACCUCUGGUUUUUUUCAAAUUUGGAGAGCAUCUGGAAUAACUAAUGAAUUACAACUCUAUUGUACUGCAAUUGGUGCAUUGGUCUUUGCAGCCUUAAUGCUUUUUGCUGGUUGGUUUCAUUAUCACAAAGCUGCUCCAAAAUUGGCUUGGUUCCAAGAUGUAGAAUCUAUGUUGAAUCACCAUUUGACAGGGCUCCUAGGGUUGGGGUCUCUUUCUUGGGCAGGACAUCAAAUACAUGUAUCUUUACCAAUUAACCAAUUUCUAAAUGCUGCAGUAGAUCCCAAGGAGAUACCACUUCCUCAUGAAUUUAUCCUAAAUCGGGAUCUUUUGGCUCAACUUUAUCCGAGUUUUGCCGCGGGAGCAACCCCAUUUUUUACCUUGAAUUGGUCAAAAUAUGGAGAAUUUCUAACUUUUCGUGGAGGAUUAGAUCCGGUAACUGGAGGUCUAUGGCUGACCGAUAUUAUACACCAUCAUUUAGCUAUUGCAAUUAUUUUCUUGAUAGCGGGUCACAUGUAUAGGACCAACUGGGGUAUUGGUCACAGUAUCAAAGAUAUUUUAGAGGCACAUAAAGGUCCAUUUACAGGCCAGGGUCAUAAAGGUCUAUAUGAGAUCCUAACAACGUCAUGGCAUGCUCAAUUAUCUAUUAAUCUAGCUAUGUUAGGCUCUUUGACCAUUGUUGUAGCUCACCAUAUGUAUUCUAUGCCUCCUUAUCCAUACCUAGCUACUGACUAUGGUACACAACUGUCAUUGUUUACACAUCACAUGUGGAUUGGUGGAUUUCUCAUAGUCGGUGCUGCUGCACAUGCAGCUAUUUUUUUUUAUGGUUUUCACAGUUUUGGUUUGUAUAUUCAUAAUGAUACCAUGAGCGCUUUAGGGCGCCCUCAAGAUAUGUUUUCAGAUACUGCUAUACAAUUACAGCCGAUCUUUGCUCAAUGGAUACAAAAUACCCACGCUUUAGCACCUGGCACAACAGCCCCUGGUGCAGCAACAAGUACCAGUUUGACUUGGGGGGGUGAAAAUUUAGUAGCAGUGGGCGGUAAAGUUGCUUUGUUACCUAUUCCAUUAGGAACUGCGGAUUUUUUGGUCCAUCAUAUUCAUGCAUUUACAAUUCAUGUAACAGUAUUAAUACUCUUCUUAAAGGGUGUUCUAUUUGCUCGUAGUUCACGAUUGAUACCGGAUAAAGCAAAUCUAGGUUUUCGUUUCCCUUGUGAUGGACCUGGAAGAGGGGGGACAUGCCAAGUAUCCGCUUGGGAUCAUGUCUUCUUAGGACUAUUUUGGAUGUACAAUUCAAUUUCAGUAGUAAUAUUUCAUUUCAGUUGGAAAAUGCAGUCAGAUGUUUGGGGUAGUAUAAGUGAUCAAGGGAUCGUAACUCAUAUCACAGGAGGAAAUUUUGCGCAGAGUUCCAUUACCAUUAAUGGAUGGCUCCGUGAUUUCUUAUGGGCGCAGGCAUCCCAGGUAAUUCAGUCUUAUGGUUCUUCAUUAUCUGCAUAUGGUCUUUUUUUCUUGGGUGCACAUUUUAUAUGGGCUUUUAGUUUAAUGUUUCUAUUCAGCGGGCGUGGUUAUUGGCAAGAACUUAUUGAAUCCAUUGUUUGGGCUCAUAAGAAAUUAAAAGUUGCUCCUGCUACUCAGCCCAGAGCCUUGAGCAUUGUACAAGGACGUGUUGUAGGAGUAACACAUUACCUUCUAGGUGGAAUUGCCACAACAUGGGCAUUCUUCUUAGCAAGAAUUAUUGCAGUAGGAUAA